AUGGAUUCCCGUUCCACGAGGUAUCGAUCACUCGACGCAAAGGCUGCUGAGCCACCUAGAGUCAGGGAACGGCACAACUCGGCCCCCACUGUUGAUCGACGUAAAGACCAGCACCAGAGGCGUCCAUCCGCUGUUAUCAAACCCUCAGAUGCCAGCCACCGAAGCUCCAAACCCCAUGCUCGGGUUGACUCUUUGACUUCUCCGGACCGUGGCACAACCAACCGACGCUCAGAUCGCCAACAACUGUCUGGCUAUUCCCUCGAGGCGAAGCUACCGAACAAGGCCAGUGACUUGGAGUCGACCUCGUCCAUUAACUUGUUGGUGCUGGGCUCUCGCAACUCAGGCAAAACCACCUUUAUUCGAAACGCCAUUGGAAACGACCGGUCUCGUACCUUGACUGAAGUUCGCGUCAGAGAUAGGUGCUAUCAAAUCCAAUUCUUCGAGCUGGUCUUCGACGAUGUCGAUUUCAGUAGCGAGCGAAGAAUUGAAUGGCCCCCAUACAUAAAUGGGGCUCCUUUGCCCGAAGUCGACGGUGUAUUUUGUCUAUACGACGUCUCUGACAAAGAAAGCGUCGCCGACGUUCCGGCUGCAUUGACCUCCAUGACCAACACUGGUGUACCUUGUAUGCUUGUUGCCGCCAAAUGCGACGUCAAGGACGAAUCUCGUCAAAUCAGUCCACGCUUCCAUGAGACUGUCCGUCACAAUCUUGCCAAGGUUGCCAUUGCCGAAACUUCGAUUAAAUCUCCCGAGAACACCAAGCAGUGUUUUCUGGCAAUGAUUCAUCGAGUCAUUGCCUCUCCGCGAACAUCUAUCCGAGCAAGCAAAUCAUCGUACACUUCCACCGAGUCUGCAGGCAGCCAGCGUGUUGUCUCAAGGGAUCCGUCACCCAAGACGGCACGAAGCAGAAGCCGCUCUAAUAGUCGAUUGCAAAUAUCCAAGUCCAAGGAGCUGCUGCUGAACCUGUCAGUUCGACAAGCACUGGUCGAGUCUGAGAACGAAUACAGUCAAUCUUCGGAAACGGAGGAUGUAGCUCCAGCCAGUCGCAAGGCCAAACUCAGAUUGGAUACAACAGCUGUUUCUCAAUCCCAGCGCCGUCCAGCCGGCCCUCACACACCAAUAUCUUCUGGUGAUUUUACAGGUAAAUUGGCGUCUUCUCUCGAGACCUCGACGACGGCAGUCCCCGAGACGCCCGAUUCCUAUUAUGUAAAAUCAAUGCUUCGGCCUGAUUCGACAUCCACCCUUGACAGCCGGGCGUAUCAGACCUUCCUAAAUAUGGACGAAGACUCGCAUGACCUCUCACCGCGGACAGAAGUGGAAGCAUUGGGCUCGAAUUUGGGCAGUCUAAAAGUUGAUGAAGGUGCAAACACUGAGCGUGGAGUCCCGUUCCAGGAACUGGUCGACAAGCUCCUCUUGUUACCGACGAACAAGACAGACUCGAAAUUUGUCCCGUCUUUUUUGUGUCUGUACCGUGCCUUCGCAACUCCACAAAAGUUGCUCACCGCCAUUAUUGACCAGUUCAUGAAGGUGGAACAAAGCAAGAUGGUUCACUUCACCAAAGUUGCAGAGAUGCUUCGCUACCUGCAAGUUUUGGCUCAAUGGACCGCCACCUACCCUGGGGAUUUCUCUCCUGGCCCUGCUCGUGAUAUCGCCAUCCCUUUUGUGCAGACCAUUGAAAAGAGCAAGGUGUUUGCCCCGGCUGCCAGAGAGAUUAGCAACAACCUGGACACUGUCAUUCCCGACGAGGACUUGGACUGGGCCUUUGAUGAUUCAUCCUCUCCGUCAAGCAAUAAGAGUGGCGCAAGCAUUCACCACAAAGCAAGCAUAGUGUCAUCGUCGUCAACUCUGGUCCCAUCACCCAGCACCGAGAAUAUGACGAGAUUAAGUCGCAAGGGACGACGAGAAGAAGAUGACAGUGAGGACGAUCUUGACGGGACAAAUUCAUCUGCACGCGGAUCCAACGUGCCUUCAAUGGCUUCCAGUAUGAUCCGAUCAAGCAAUCCCUCCAGUCAAUCAUACGCAAACUUUGUACAGUUGGAAACGGCAAAACUGGAAGCGGAAAGGUUCAGGCCAGUGCCCCGUUUUCGUCUCAGCAAGUUUCAAUGGCAUCUAUUCAUGGAAAGCACCCUCGAUGACCUUGCUAGGGAAAUUACGCGGAUCGACUGGACAGUGUACUCGGCAAUCAGACCCCGGGAUUUCGUUCGACACGUGUCCAUAUCCACCUCCCAGAAAAGAAAAUCCAGCUCAUCCGACAACAUUGGCGCCAUGGUAAAGAAUUUCAACCAUCUGGCAUUAUUUGUUUCCGGCAUGAUCCUCCUCCGAGACAAGCCAAAGCAUCGAGCAAGAGCCUUGGAAAAAUUCAUGGCACUCGCAUGGAAAGUGAGGCAACUGAAUAAUUACAACUCCCUUGGAGCUAUUGUGGCGGGCAUCACCGGGCAUGAGAUUGCUCGUUUGGGUGCAACCCGAGAUCUAAUUCCGCAAGAGGUUCAGAAGCAAUUUCUGAGACUGACCAUUCUUAUGGGGAUAUCAAGAUCUCACGCCGCAUAUCGCAUGGCCUGGGACAAUUCUCCGGGGGAACGAAUUCCGUUUCUCCCCCUUGUACGACAAGAUCUCACCAUGGCUGCUUCAGCAAACCAGACAUUUAUCGGCACGAACGUCAAUUGGAAGAAAUUUGAGAUCAUGGGAGAUGUCAUUGUUGGCAUCCAACGCAGUCUCGAAAAUCCCUACAACUUCCCACCAAGAUCCGUUCGCACUGAUGAGAUCACCAAGCUGAUCUUGGAAACGAGGAUCCUUGAGGAGUCAGAGGUGAGAUGUCUUGCUCGUUCAAUGCCCUGCGCCCCAUUCUAA